AUGGCUCUCAAUAUUAUCUUAGAAGUGGAGAUGAACAGGUCAUUAGCUAAACCCUUAGCGACAGCCAUAAGGCCGAACAAAAGAAUAGUUGUGUUUCCUAUUACACUGUGGCAGGAGAAUAGGGCUGGUAGCCAUGAGAGUGGCAUCUUCACUAUCUACCCUGCUGGUCUGACUGAUGGAGUGAAGGUUUACUGUGAUAUGGAGACAGAUAAAGGAGGCUGGAUCGUGUUGCAGAGGAGACAAGAUGGCUCAGUUGACUUUUACCGUAAUUGGACAGAAUACCAAUCUGGGUUUGGUGAUCUCUCACCUGAGUUCUGGCUGGGUAAUGACAUCUUACGUAACCUUACUGAUUCAGCAGGUGAUUCAUUGACAUAUCAUAAUGGAAAAGCGUUCAGUACCAAGGAUCAGAACAAUGAUGCUUUGGACACUGGCUGUGCGCAAGAUUUAAAAGGAGCAUGGAUGUUAUAG